GUACAUCGGCCCCAGCACCGUGUUCGGCUCCAGUGGCAAGCUUGCCAAUGUGGAGCAGUGGCGAUGUGUCUCCAUCCUGCGGAGUCACUCAGGCGAACUCCCCACGUUCCGCUGUUUAUCCUGGGAACUGAGUCACUACCUCCAUCAGUGGAUCGCUAAGUCCAACUCGGCAGUGACUCCAAAGGGUGUCUGGAAGGAUGAGUCAGGACGUGGGAGAACUCAUUCAAACAAAGUUAACAACAUUGAAGGAGGCUACAGUGCUCCUGACAACUUGGUGUGCUGUGAAGGCGGCACCGAUGACCGAUAACAGAAGGCAAGAUUCGUUCCCCACACAUGACGGGGUAACCAGCCAUUCAGCAGUUCGUGGGUGAAAGGAAGAUGUGAUGGACGUAGCGUGGUCCCCCCAUGACGCCUGGCUGGCCUCGUGCAGCGUGGACAACACCGUGGUCAUCUGGAACGCAGUGAAGUUCCCAGAAAUCCUAGCUACUCUGAGAGGCCAUUCUGGCCUGGUGAAGGGCCUGACUUGGGACCCUGUUGGUAAAUACAUUGCCUCUCAAGCCGACGACCGCAGCCUGAAGGUGUGGAGGACGCUGGACUGGCAGUUAGAGACCAGCAUCACCAAGCCUUUCGAUGAGUGUGGAGGGACGACCCACGUGUUGCGGCUCAGCUGGUCCCCUGACGGGCACUACCUGGUGUCUGCCCAUGCCAUGAACAACUCCGGCCCCACCGCCCAGAUCAUCGAACGGGAGGGCUGGAAGACCAACAUGGACUUUGUCGGGCACCGGAAAGCUGUGACUGUUGUGAAAUUCAACCCAAAAAUCUUCAAGAAGAAGCAGAAGAACGGGAGCUCUGCGAAGCCCAGUUGCCCGUACUGCUGCUGUGCUGUCGGCAGCAAGGACCGCUCGCUCUCUGUCUGGCUCACGUGUCUAAAGCGACCUUUGGUUGUCAUCCAUGAGCUGUUUGACAAAUCCAUCAUGGACAUUUCCUGGACUCUGAACGGGCUGGGCAUCCUGGUGUGCUCCAUGGAUGGCUCUGUGGCGUUCCUGGAUUUCUCCCAGGACGAGCUCGGAGACCCCCUGAGCGAGGAGGAGAAGAGCCGCAUCCAUCAGUCCACCUACGGCAAGAGUUUGGCCAUCAUGACCGAGACCCAGCUCUCCACCGCCGUCAUCGAGAACCCCGAGAUGCUCAAGUACCAGCGGAGGCAGCAGCAGCAGCAGCUGGACCAGAAGGGCUCUGCGGCCAGAGAGACAGGCUCCGCUACGUCGGUCGCUGGCGUUGUCAACGGGGAGAGUCUGGAGGACAUCAGGAAGAAUCUUUUAAAGAAACAAGUUGAGACUCGGACGGCAGAUGGUCGGAGGAGAAUCACGCCUCUCUGCAUAGCACAGCUGGACACCGGGUACUCGUUCACUCACCGAGCUUUCUGUGGCCUUCUCUGGGAGGUCUUCCUCUCUCCUUUCACCAGGGACUUCUCCACGGCCUUCUUCAACAGCAUCCCGCUCUCGGGUUCCCUAGCGGGCACCAUGCUCACCUCUCACAGCAGCCCGCAGCUGCUGCCGCUGGACUCCAGCACUCCCGUCCCCUUCGGCACCUCGAAGCCUUCCACAGAGCCUGUGGCAGCGACCGGCACCAGGCCUGCGGGCGAUUCUGUCAGUAAGGACAGCGUGAAUGCGGCCUCUGCUCCCGCUGCACCGUCCCCCUCCAUCCUGACAACCCCGUCCAAGAUCGAACCUAUGAAAGCGUUCGACUCCCGAUUCACGGAGCGCUCCAAAGCCACGCCGGGGGCUCCUGCCUUGGCCGGUUUGACCCCGACAGCUAUGGAAAGGUUGAAAGAGCAGAGCCUUGUGAAGGAGCUGCGGCCCCGGGAUGUCCUGGAGAGCAGCAGUGACAGCGACGAGAAGGUCCCUGUGGCCAAGCCCUCCUCACUCUCCAAGCGGAAGCUGGAGCUCGAGGUGGAAACGGUGGAGAAGAAGAAGAAAGGGCGGCCUCGGAAGGACUCGCGGCUCAUGCCCAUGUCCCUGUCUGUGCAGUCCCCAGCUGCCCUGACCGCAGAGAAGGACGCCGUGUGUUUGUCUGUCCCAGCAGCUGCGCUGAAGCUGCCCAUGCCGGGCCCCCAGAGAGCCUUCACCCUGCAGGUGAGCUCCGACCCCUCCAUGUACAUCGAGGUGGAGAACGAGGUGACAGCCGUGGGGGGCAUAAAGCUGAGCCGCCUGAAGUGCAGCCGGGAAGGGAAGGAGUGGGAGACAGUGCUCACCAGCCGGAUCCUCACCGCUGCCGGCAGCUGUGACGUGGUGUGUGUCGCCUGUGAAAAGCGGAUGCUGUCCGUGUUCUCCACCUGUGGUCGCCGCCUCCUCCCUCCCAUCCUGCUGCCAUCCCCGAUCUCCACCCUGCACUGCACCGGCUCCUACGUCAUGGCCCUCACCGCCACAGCCACGCUGUCCGUCUGGGAUGUGCACAGGCAGAUAGUGGUGGUGAAGGAAGAGUCCCUACACUCCAUCUUGGCAGGAAGUGACAUGACAGUGUCACAGAUCUUGCUGACGCAGCAUGGAAUCCCCGUGAUGAACCUGUCGGACGGGAAGGCCUACUGCUUCAACCCAUCACUGUCUGCGUGGAACCUGGUUUCUGACAAGCAGGACUCCCUGGCCCAGUGUGCAGACUUCAGGAGCAGCCUGCCACCCCAGGACGCCAUGCUGUGCUCGGGACCCUUAGCCAUAGUCCAGGGCCGCGCCUCCACCUCGGGGAGGCAGGCAGCCCGCCUCUUCUCUGUGCCUCACAUGGUGCAGCAGGAGACCACCCUGGCCUACCUGGAGAGCCAGGUCGCCGCAGCACUCACCCUGCGCUCCAGCCACGAGUACCGCCACUGGCUCCUCCUCUACGUGCGAUACCUCGUGAACGAAGGGUUUGAAUACCGACUCCGAGAAAUAUGCAAGGACUUACUGGGGCCUGUUCACUCCUCCACUGGAAGCCAAUGGGAGUCAACAGUAGUGGGUCUGCGGAAGAGGGACCUGCUGAAGGAGCUGCUGCCAGUCAUCGGGCAGAACCUCCGCUUCCAGCGCCUCUUCACCGAGUGUCAGGAACAGCUCGACAUCUUGAGGGACAAGUAGCCUGCCCAGCCGCAGCAAGGGCAGGGCCACAGUCUCGCCACUGAGGACACGCAGGUCGGCCUCUUAUCUCGCUGGGCUACAGGAUGAGGAGACACUGGCAGGAGGUGGGCUGUCCUGCACCAGUACCGGCCCAGCCCCUGGGCACACUUCCCCUGUGUCCUGGGCCUGUUUCUCCCUCAGGGGGAGCGGCUCUGCCCGCAACUCGCUCCUCCCUCCAGGACCCCGGUGCGGAGCUGGGGCUCUGCCCAACUGCCCCAGGGCCAGUGAGGCAGCCCAGGCCUGCCAUCUCCAGUACGGUCCCCAGGUGGACACUAGCCCUGCUACUGUAGGCGCCGUGCUGCUCCAGCUAUGACGAAUGAGCCAUUUGUGAAAGAGAGAACCCUGAGAUGUUAGCGUAUUAUGCAGUCAGUAGACUGACCUGAGACCUAUGUAAAAAGAAAGCCUAUUCCAACACAUGGACUAUUUUUGUACUAGAAUUUGCUAACUUGUAAUAUGGAAUUUUCCUUUUGGCCAAUAAUCAGGAUUUCCCUAUAAGUCACUUGGACAUUGGUCACUUGUAGGAAAUUUAAACUCUAAUUAUGACAGCUACAUUGAAAAAUAAUUGUACUAAAAUUAACUUGUCUAUCUUCAUUUAGUUUUAAUUUUUAAAUGUUUGUAAAAAGAGACUUUUUGGGGGGGUGGGGCAGAGGGUGGGCGAUUUCUUUUGUAAGUGUAAAAUAAAUGAACACGCAUUGGAUACCAAAUG